AUGGAAGUAGUUUGGUUAUUUGCACCUCUCUCUAUUUCCCUAUUGUUUCUAGUCUUCAAACUACUUGUGUCCUCAAGACCAAAACAACAUAACCUCCCACCAAGUCCAGCACUUAAACUUCCUAUAAUAGGACAUCUCUAUAUUUUGAAACAACAUAUGCAUCGUACUCUUGAAAAUCUUUCUGAAAAAUAUGGUCCUAUUCUCUCUCUUCGAUUAGGCAAGCGUCUUGUCGUGGUGGUGUCAUCUCCAUCCAUGGUGAAGGAAUGCCUCACCAAGAAUGAUAUCGUGUUUGCCAACCGCCCACCUUUAAUGGUGGGAGGAUACAACUGCACGACAAUCAUUGAUUCCCCUUAUGGCGAUAAUUGGCUUUCACUUCGCCGUAUUUGUAGACUCGAAAUCUUCUCCUCUAGCUGUCUCAACAAGUCUCAAACCAUUCGACAACAUGAAGUCAACCUUCUUGUGCAUAAAUUAUGUCAAAAUUGCCACGAUUUUGGUACAAUUGUUGAACUUAAGUCCAUGUUUUCUGAAUUGUCCUUUAACAUCAUCAUGAGAAUGGUAGCUGGAAACCGAUACUUCAAUCAAGAUAAAGGUAAUCAGAAGGCAACAUGUCUUCGUGAGCUUAUAGAGGAAUUUUUUAGCAAAGGUGGUGCAUCAAAUGUAGAUGAUUUUUUGCCUGUACCGUUUUGUUGGAUUUAUAAGCGUACUAAGGUCAAGCAGCUUGGCCACAAAAUGGAUGAAUUCAUGCAGGGUUUAAUUGAUGAAUACCGUGGUGCGGAAAAACAAAAUACCAUGAUUGAUCAUUUGCUUUCUUUGCAAGAAUCACAACCAGAAUACUACACUGACGAAAUCAUCAAAGGGAUUAUAAUGGUCAUAUUGUCCGGAGGGACAGACACAACAUCAGUGACAAUAGAAUGGGCAAUGACGCUUUUGCUCAAUCAUCCGGAGGUCUUAAAUAAGGCAAAAACAGAACUAGACAACCAUGUAGGUAGUGAUCAUUUAGUAGAUGAAGCAGAUUUACCCAAGUUGAAAUAUCUUCAAAGUAUCAUUUCAGAGACUUUCCGAUUAUGUCCAGUAGCACCAAUGCUAGUGCCCCACGAAUCAUCCGAUGUUACCAAAGUAGGGGGUUUCGACAUUCCACGUGGAACAAUCCUAUUGGUGAAUGCUUGGGCCAUCCAUAGGGACCCGUUAGUUUGGGCUGACCCUGAAAGUUUCAAACCGGAGCGAUUUGAAGGUAUUGAAGUGAAACCAUGGAUAUUAUUGCCAUUUGGAAUUGGAAGAAGAUCAUGCCCAGGUGCUGGACUUGCUCAACAUGUGAUUGCUUUAGCUCUAGGAACUUUGAUACAGUGUUUCGAGUGGCAAAGGGUUAGCCAAGAGGAGAUCAAUUUGGCUGAAGGCAAAGGUCUUAGUAUGGCAAAAGCCGAGCCACUUAUAGCAAGGUGCAAGGCCCAUGACAUUGCUUAUAAAGUUUUAUCUGAUCGAAUUUAA